AUGUCUUCAAACAUUCUUGGUCGUGUUAUAAGGACGAGUGUUAAUGCGAUCCGACCCACUUAUCGAGGCUUGUUGGGUAUUCAGUCACCGUUAAAAGAAAGUUGUGCAGCGUUCAAGGUGAAAAGUAUGCUGAAGUUACGUUGUAGACAUUGUUAUUUUGUUCGAGUUGACGGCAGACUGGAAGUGAAAUGUCUGGUGGAAGCGUGUUGUGAGAUAAUUGAGGAUUACUUUGGACCGGUUGUUAGGUCAGUGGCCAAUGUGCUUCUCUGUGGUGAGAGCACGUUAUCAUCAAUUGCAGCGAAACUGAACAAAAGUAUCAGCAUCAGUCAGUUAAAACGUUCGUUGAUAAAUCUCGAACAACACAAUGUAUUAUCGUAUCGUCAAGAAGAUCGUCGAAUAAUCUAUUCGAUAAAGCCUGAAGAUGUACUGCGCUUGUUGAGAUCAACCAGAUGUUUAUUUAUAAUCAAAACGUUGUAUGGUGAGGUGGCUGAAGCGAUUGGUGAAGAACUGGUGUGUCGAGGAAGGUUAUCAUGUUCUGAUUGUUUACGGUGCGUUUCAGAUCGUUUGGAUGCACCAAUCAGUGAGAUCAAAACAAAAUUUGCACGGCUAGCUGAAGCUCAGCUGGUGAUAAGAUGUGCGAAAGUGGAAUUGUACGGUGAUAUGGGUCCGAUGUUUGAGAAGGAACCUGAUCCAUUCCUAGUGCCCGAUUUGGUACUGAAUAAUAUUAAGCAACAGAACAAGAACGAUUCCGAUUCAAGAAAACGGAAACGUGACCAUGAUGAAAAGAAUGGUGAUAGCGAUAGUGAUAUAUUGUGGCGAAUGAAUUAUCCUCGCUUCGAGCGAUAUCUCCGCGAUGAAAUGGUGGUUAGUGUCGUCGAUAGGAUUGACAGUUUCGGGGCGGAAUGCACCAAAACAAUUCGGACAUUAUUGAAAAUUAGUGAACUCAAAGCUGAUUCAAAAGCAGCCGCUUCAUUCCCAAUUUCAAUACAAGAUGUGGUGCGUACAGCAAAUAAUAACGAUAUGGGUAUUGAGAAGAAAGAUAUUGAAGUAGCAUUGCGAAUAUUAUGUGAUGAUCAAGAUCAAAUUGUUAGACGGAUUGGGGAUAGUGCUGGAGGACUUUAUGUUGUCGAUUUCGAAAAGGCGAUCUCCGUGCAAUGUCAGUUGGCUCUUGAGUCUGUGAUACGCGAGAAAUUUGAUUCAUUGGCUGUUCGUAUAUUUAGGCUAUUAGUGCAGAAAGGAUAUCUCGAAGAAGAACAGAUCGAAAAAUUGGCGAUGUUAUCCGCUAAAGAAAGUAAACACCUUUGCUAUGCGCUCUUAGAUGAGAAUUUCAUUUCUGUUCGGCACAUUGCCAAGACGAAUGAUUUUGCCCCAGCUCGAACCUUCUGUCUGUAUCAUGUUGAUUUAAGUGAUGUGGCGCAGUUGUGGUACGAAAGAACUUGUAAGAUUUUGCGUAAUGUGAUCGUUCGACGGCGUCAUGAGACUAAGCAAAAUAAAAUGCUUAUCGAGCGACAGCUGAAAAUGGAAUCAAUAAUUGCGAAUAUUGAAAGUGAUGCAAAUCUUGAUGAGGCAACAAAAAAACAGCAGACCAUUGAAGUGGAAGAUAUGUAUUUAACGCCUGAUGAUCGAACGUCACUUGAGAAUUAUCGACAUGCACAAAAUGAUUUUUUUUUUAAUGAAUUAGAACUUGAUCAUGAUUUAUUACUGUUUUCAUUAUUCAUUGAUUUUGCCAAAAGAAGGACGCAUGAACAGAUUUUCCUUGUUUAUCUGGGUUCUAGCGUAAGGUCUUCUGGUCCAUGCGAGGACACCGAAAUCAGUUAG